CACCAGGGCCAGCACCAGCCGAUGAUGCUGCCGCCCGGCGUGCGCGCCCUCUCACCGCCGCGAUCGCCCACCCGGUCGGGCGCUCGCGGCGCCACGCCGAAUUCCAACUUGCCCCAAGAGUAUGUGAGCCGACCGCGGCCACGACAGAACAAUAACAACAACGGCGGCACUGGCAACGGGAACAACGGGAUGCAGCAGGGCCUGUUUCCCCAGCCACCGCCGCCGUCCCCCGCGACCGGACGAAACAUGGGCGGUCCGCCCAAGCCGGUCUACUUCGCCGGCUCGUCCACCCCCAACCUGCCCACCUACAUGCCGCCGCCCCAGGUCUCGGGCAGGCGAGUGGGCCAGCAUCCCCCCGGUGGUGGCGGCGGCGGCGGCGGUGGAGGCGGCGGUGGUGGGAUCCCGGUGGCGAUCGCGCCGUUCGGGUACCCGCCCUUCGCGUUCGCCUCGUCGGCGUCGAUGCCCUCCCUGCCGGCCAUGCACGGCGGCCUGCCCAACUUCGCGAAGCCCAUGAACUUUCCCCCGCAGCCCUCCAUCCUCGGCGCCAAAUACCACGCACCAGGGCCAGCACCAGCCGAUGAUGCUGCCGCCCGGCGUGCGCGCCCUCUCACCGCCGCGAUCGCCCACCCGGUCGGGCGCUCGCGGCGCCACGCCGAAUUCCAACUUGCCCCAAGCCGACCGCGGCCACGACAGAACAAUAACAACAACGGCGGCACUGGCAACGGGAACAACGGGAUGCAGCAGGGCCUGUUUCCCCAGCCACCGCCGCCGUCCCCCGCGACCGGACGAAACAUGGGCGGUCCGCCCAAGCCGGUCUACUUCGCCGGCUCGUCCACCCCCAACCUGCCCACCUACAUGCCGCCGCCCCAGGUCUCGGGCAGGCGAGUGGGCCAGCAUCCCCCCGGUGGUGGCGGCGGCGGCGGUGGUGGAGGCGGCGGUGGUGGGAUCCCGGUGGCGAUCGCGCCGUUCGGGUACCCGCCCUUCGCGUUCGCCUCGUCGGCGUCGAUGCCCUCCCUGCCGGCCAUGCACGGCGGCCUGCCCAACUUCGCGAAGCCCAUGAACUUUCCCCCGCAGCCCUCCAUCCUCGGCGCCAAAUACCACGGUACGCACCGCACACACGCACACACACACGCAACACACACACAACCGCACUCACCGCACACACUCACCACAUUCACCGCGACAUAA